AUGACCGAUCCAUGUUUAUUCCACGCCACCCUGUAUAUAUCCUCUGCGCAUAUUGACACUCUCCGCGAAGCAAGUGCGGGAAUCAGGACGACCCCCAGCCCGGCCACUCUGUACCAUCAUACCAAGACCAUUGCUGCCGUUAAUUCCCGAGUCGCUGCUGGCGACAUCCCCAGCGAUGCAACUAUUGGUGCGGUCCUACUGCUGAUUCUUUCAGCAUCAAUCCAGGGUGAGAGUCACGCCGCAGAUGUUCACAACAUGGGGCUUCUCCAAAUGGUUUCCAUGCGGGGUGGAUUAGAAUCGCUCGGAUUUGAUGGAAUUCUUGCGAGUAUGAUUCAGAUGUAA